AUGGCGGCGGCGGACCUGCAGGAGCUGCGGACGCUGGUGGAGCGGGCGGGCGGCCGGCGGGCAGUACUGCUGGUGGCCGAGGUGGCGGAGGGGGCCCCCGCGGCGCCCGCGCUGGCCGCCUUCGCCCGCGACCUCCUGGACGACGAGGCGCCGCGCGCAGCGUGCCCGGGGCCGAGGCCGGUGCCGGGGUGCCGGGCGCGGCGCUCGCCGGGCACCGGGGGCCGGGCGCUGGGAGCGCGGCUGCUGCUGGUGCUGUGCGGCGGCGGGGCGGCUCGGGACCGCGGGGCGCGGACUCGCCUGCGGGAGGUGGUGCGGGACGUGCGCGGCCGCCUGCCCUCGGGGCCGCCGCCCGCCGUCGUGGGUGUCCUGCUGCCCGGCGGGGACGGAGAGGACGCGGCGGUGCUGGACGCGGCCCUGCGGCGGCACUUCCCGGCGCCCGGCACGGUGCAGGCGGCCCGGUACAGCCCGGGCAGCCCCGGCGAUUGCCGCGCCGCCGCCUGCCGCGCCCUGCGGGCUGCCCUGCAGCACCCCGCAGAAGACAUGAAAGACAGGGAGAGGUGGAGGCUGCCAUCCUUCCUGCAGUGCAUUUCUUGGAACCAGAGGAGCUGGAGAAAAGAUUACAAAGCAAAAGCUGAAAACAACAUUCAUGAAGAUGACCUGCAGGACCCAGAGGAAGAAGUGGCUCUGGCCAGCCUUUCCCCCAAUGGAACCUGUGAAGAAGCUGCUGGAGGCACGGGCACCUAG